AUGCCAUCCUCAGUCAUGAUCGAGCCUACCGUCGUGCGUGAUCUGCACGAUGACGAGAAGCUCGUCUUGGAUGAUUUUGAGAGCCACAUUUCCCGCUGCACCCCCUGUGCCCUUGCCAUCGAAACCCACGAGAACUAUCACUGCGAGCGUGGCUAUCUCCUCGCCCUCGACGUGAGCAAAUACCUAUACAGUGAGGGCGGAAAGCAGUUCGCAGCAGUGGACAGAGAAAACGGCAAGCCCCGACGAGUCAAGCUACCCCGAGACUCGAGUGCAACCCGCAGCCUCCUCGACUCCAUCGAGAAGGGAAUGCGUAUCCAAUCUCCUCGUCGGGGUCGUGCUCCUGCCGUCCGUCCUCCCAGCUCUACUAGCCCCAGCAGACGGCCCAUCAUCGAGCAAUCUCUGCCUCGGUCUCACACUCCGGAGUCUCAAUCUCCUCCCCUUCAGAUCAUUGAGCGCUCGCCUUCCCUCAGCAAGCGUCAUGUCAUUGUCUACCCUCGUUCUUCUCGCCAGUCUUCUCGAUCGUCGAACACUUCCAGUCGCAGCCCAUCCAACCGUGGCUCGCUUUAUGUUCCUGAUCACCUGGAUCGUGAAGAGCGACGCUACGACUCCCGCGGUCACCGUUACCACCGCUGA